CGGCGGCGGCGGGAGGACGUGAGGGGCCGCCGAGAUGUGGCUGAAGCCCGAGGAGGUGCUGCUGAAGAACGCGCUCAAGCUGUGGGUGCUGGAGCGCUCCAACCAGUACUUCGUGCUGCAGAGGCGGCGGGGCUACGGCGAGGAGGGCGGAGGCGGCCUGGCAGGUCUUCUUGUGGGAACCCUAGAUGCAGUGCUGGAUUCUACAUCAAAAGUGGCCCCGUUUCGCAUCCUACAUCAGACACCGGAUUCUCAAGUUUACUGGUCCAUUGCAUGUGGAGCCAGCAGAGAAGAAAUAACAGAACACUGGGACUGGCUGGAACACAAUGUUAUGAAGACUUUAUCUGUUUUUGAUUCAAAUGAGGAUAUUACAAGCUUUGUCCAGGGAAAGAUAAGAGGUUUGAUUGCUGAAGAGGGAAAAGGUUCUUUUGUAAAAGAAGAAGAUCCUGAGAAGUUUCGUGAAGCUCUUAUGAAAUUUGAAAAGUGUUUUGGAUUACCUGAGCAAGAGAAGCUGGUUACCUAUUACUCAUGCAGUUACUGGAGGGGCAGAGUGCCUUGUCAAGGAUGGCUUUAUCUUAGUACCAACUUUCUUAGUUUUUACUCAUUUUUGUUGGGAGCAGAAAUAAAACUCAUUAUCUCAUGGGAUGAAAUAUCAAAGCUUGAGAAGACUUCCAAUGUGAUUCUAACAGAGAGCAUUCAUGUGUGUUCCCGUGGGGAAGAUCACUACUUCUCCAUGUUUUUGCACAUUAAUGAAACAUUUCUUCUCAUGGAACAGCUUGCAAACUAUGCUGUUAGGAGGCUCUUUGACAAAGAGACAUUUGAAAAUGACCUAGUCCUUCAUGACCCMCUGCAGAUCACCAAGAGGGGUCUAGAAAAYCGUGCCCACAGUGAGCAGUUUAGUGCGUUCUUCAGGCUACCCAAAGAAGAGACUUUGAAGGAAGUUCAUGAGUGCUUCUUAUGGGUUCCUUUCAGUCAUUUCAAUACCCAUGGGAAAAUGUGCAUCUCAGAAAACUACAUCUGUUUUGCCAGCCAGGAUGGCAGCUCGUGCAGUGUAAUCAUUCCAUUAAGAGAGGUUGUAGGAGUGGAUAAGACAGAUCCAGCCAACAGGGGAGUCAGCAUUAGUACCAAAGGAAAAACAGCUUUUCGUUUUACUGAGGUUAGAGAUUUUGAACAGCUUGUGGCAAAGCUCAGGAUCAAAUGUGGUGCAACUUCAAGUCCACAGCGCAUCGUAAAUACAGAGACUGCAGCUAGUUCUGACUCUGACAAUCCAGUGGAUUUUGAUGAGGGACGAUCGAAGACGGGUCAGAGGGAUAACAGCAAAACUGUCAGUACAGAAGCCCUGAUGACUGUCUACCAUCCUCAGGAUGCUGAAAAUCUAGACUCUAAAAUGUUAAAAGAAAAAAUGAAAGAACAGUCCUGGAACAUCCUCUUUGUUGAGCGGGGACAUGGUGUCAGUAUGUUUCGGACAAAGAAGACUCGAGACCUGGUUGUGAGAGGGAUCCCAGAGUCCUUAAGAGGAGAGCUCUGGCUGCUCUUCUCAGGUGCUGUAAAUGAUAUGGCAUCCAACCCCGGUUAUUACACUGAGUUGGUGGAAAAGUCCCUAGGGACAUGCACUUUAGCUACAGAUGAGAUUGAACGAGAUUUGUGUCGUUCCUUACCGGAGCAUCCUGCUUUUCAAAGCGACACCGGAAUUUCUGCACUAAGGAGAGUCCUUACAGCUUAUGCAUACAGGAAUCCCCAAAUUGGAUAUUGUCAGGCAAUGAAUAUUUUGACAUCAGUACUUCUGCUGUAUGCUAAGGAGGAGGAAGCCUUCUGGCUGUUGGUUGCUGUCUGCGAAAGAAUGCUACCUGAUUAUUUCAAUCGCCGAAUUAUUGGUGCCUUGGUAGAUCAGGCAGUGUUUGAGGAGCUCAUCAGGGUUCAUCUGCCUCAGUUGACAGAUCACAUGACGGACAUGACAUUUUUCUCCUCGGUCUCUCUCUCCUGGUUCCUUACCCUUUUUAUCAGUGUGCUGCCUAUUGAAAGUGCAGUCAAUGUGGUGGACUGUUUCUUCUAUGAUGGAAUAAAGGCAAUCUUGCAACUUGGCCUCACAGUGCUGGACUACAACAUUGAAAAGUUGCUGACUUGUAAGGAUGAUGCAGAAGCAGUGACUGUGCUCAACAGGUUUUUUGACAGUGUCACCAACAAAGACAGUCCUUUGCCUCCCACUGUGCAGCAGGGCUCCAACCUCAGCAGUGCAAAGAGUGACCACCCAAAAGUGGACAUUACUGAUUUGAUCCGAGAGUCAAACGAAAGGUACGGCGAUAUUCGAUACGAGGAUGUUGAGAGCAUGCGCAGCAGGAACAGGCUUUAUGUGAUCCAGACAUUAGAAGCUACAACCAAGCAUAAUGUGCUGCGUGUUGUGUCCCAGGAUGUAAAAUUCAGUCCCAGUGACCUUGAAGAGCUUUAUGAAUUAUUCAAGAGGGAGCACUUUCUUUCCUGUUACUGGAAUGUGAACAGUCCUGUCUUGCAACACCAUGAUGCCAGUCUGCCAUAUCUGGACCAGUAUCGGAUUGACUGCCAGCAAUUCAGGGUUCUCUGUCACCUCUUGAGUCCAUGGUCGCAUUGUGCCAACAGAGACUCGCUUGCACUGUGGAUAUUCAGGCUUACGGAUGAGAACUCUGACGGCCUUAUAAAUUUCAAACAAUUUGCCUGUGUUCUUGAUAUCAUGUAUAAUGGAAGUUUCACUGAGAAACUCAAGCUGCUUUUUAAGUUACACAUCCCUCCAGCAUUUACUGAAGUAGAGUCUCUAAGCCCUUCUAAAGGUGGUGAUCUUUCGAAAGAAGAACUGAUCCACUUCAGCCAGCUCAGUGUCUCAUCUACUGUGGAUAGUCUUGAAAGUGAUGCUUUGAAGAGCAGCCCAGAGAAAGGGAAGGGGAAGGUUGAUAUUCAGGCAUAUCUGAAGCAGUGGCAAGAUGAACUUCUUAAAAAAGAAGAAAAUAUUAAGGAUCUGCCAAGGAUGAAUCAGUCACAGUUCAUCCAGUUCUCAAAAACCCUGUACAAUCUGUUCCACGGGGACCCCGAGGAGGAGCUGCUCUAUCGGGCUAUAGCCGUGGUCACCAGCCUCCUACUGAAAAUGGAAGAAGUUGGCAGAAGACUCCAGAGCCCAGCGUCGCCGCUCACUAGUCCAGCUGCUGCUCMUGAGGUGCCUGCUAAAGUCCCAAGCCCAGGGCAGGAGGAAAGCAGCUCUGAGCAGGCUGAAGGCAGUAGAGCUCAGAGUUCAAGAGGAGACCACGAGUGGUCUUUUGCCUUUGAACAGAUUCUGGCAUCCUUGUUGAAUGAGCCAGCCUUUGUGAGAUUUUUUGAGAAACCACAUGAGAUAAAAGCUAAAAUAGAGAGUGCUAGAAUGUUACAAUUAAAAGCAAGAAGCAGAGUGUAAUUUUCUUCUCCUUUGCACUCUGCAUUAGCAACAUAAAGCACUUAGAAAUGAAGAUUUCUAUCUAGUCAAUURAGUGAGGAGUUUACAUAGGGAAUAGAAUUUCAAGAGUUAACUUUAAGUAUCAGAUACCAGUACACUUUUAUGUAAAUAAAGAUAGUUUCAAGCACAAUCACUUUCUUGCAUUGUUCAUACGUUUCAGUCCUAAAAGGACUGAAGAAAAAACUAUUUUUACCGUGUUAUUAAAAUAUGCAACAUUGCUAGGAAAUAAUAGCUGUGAUCUAUGAGUGGCACUAGGACAAACCUUUCUGAAUGACAGCUCUUGCACUGGAUGCUGUCCAGGCUCAUUUCUAUUAUUGCRAUGAAUGUAAAAACUACCACCCAUUUUCACUUGAAAUGAAUAAUGGCAGCCAAGAUACUGAUUUUUGGAUUAGUUGAAAUAGUUGUUUCUAAACCUGUGUGUGGACUGGAGUUCAAAGCAGGGUGAAGACCAAACAUGAAGGCUCUGAAAUGGAGGCUGCGUURGUUAGGGAAGGAGGUUGAUGGGCACUCGAUUCUCUUGCUCCCAUGUUACAGAAGGGCCUGGACUGCUGCAGAUCCCAACAGUCUUUCCUUACCAGCAGUUUGUGGACUGCAUUCUCCCAGCUUACAUACUUAUUUUUUUGCAAUCUGGCCCUUAGCUAAUGCCCUUGCAUUUAGUUUCCUACUUUUCUAGCUAGAUGUGAGUUACUAUUUCCCAUUUACCUACCCAUCCUCUUAAAACACAAGCGAAAAAGGUUCAGUCAUUUCAUGUUCAAGGCUGGUGUAGAUUGAAAAUCCAGGUUGAAAUCAGGGGAAAGCAGUGGAUAAAUGUUUCUCAUCUCACUACAGUGAUUGUUGUACAUCUUGCAAGAGGGGACGUUGUUGGCUCCUCAGGAACGUGUUGAUAAAAUGUAUGGUUUUGCUGUGUGUUUUUUCUAGUGUUCGCAUAGCACAGGAACAGAAUCAUUUUUUGCUGUUUCCCCUUKAGCUGAACACUGACUGUGAAGCUGCUUGUGGACAGGUUGUAGUUGCUCCUUUGUCUCCUCUUAGUCUGCCCCUCAGUCUUGUAAUUGUUCCCUGCCUUCUGUAGUGCUCUGGAUCAUUGCUGUGGUUAUAUUUUAUAUAUGCUAGGACUAAUGGCAGCAACAAAAUCUGGCAUCUGGAUUGGGAUUUUUAAUAUAUGUAAAAUGAUCUAGUGAACAACUUAUGAAGGCAAGCUCAAGCACUUUUAAUGCGGAUAAAAGCUGUUAAUGCUCAAGUACCUUGAGCCUUAGGAGGCUUGUGCUAGAGAGGGGGUGUUCAGAGAAAGUCCUUGUAUUUUUAUUACAAAAGAGAGUAAACUGGGCAUCUCUGCUGACCUUAAAAUGGGUUAAAAUGGGUCUUUCUAAAGGCUAUGUGACAAUCUUUACGCAAAACAGCAUUAUUUUUAUAAGGUAUUUUUUUACAGAAGGGAAUGGGGAUGGGAAUACUGAAUGUUGGAUGCCUGUUUUGCAAUACUAAAAUGCAUGAGGAAUAUAAUUAAAAGCCCACUUGUGUUGCAGGCAGUUGUUGAAAAGCCRUCAUUGAAAUGGAUAUUAAAGUUCCAGUGCUGCUUCUAAAGAAGAGUUUUGAUUAACAGCAGUGAAUGUAUGAAUCAUUUUCCAUACUCCUGCACUCUGCACUCAGGAAUUUAAUGUAAGACAAGGUUUUAUUGAACAAAGAGUAAUUUCAAAUAAUAUAUCAUAUAUUUGAGGAAUGAGGCAGCUUUCUUCAGAAGCCUUCAUAAAUAGUCGUGCUUGAUGCAACACGCCUGCCUUGUCUAUUUAUGCAGAAAGUAUACAAAAUUAUCCAUUCAUAUGUAUGUUUCUAAGGCAAAGUACGACACUACUGUGAUAGAUGAUGAAAAAAACAGUGAGUACUUUGAGUUAUAACGUUGUUUGAAAGUACAAAGCAGAUAAUACUGAUGUUCUAGUCCAGGACUCAAUCAGAUAAGGUUUGCUCAGUGAGUAAUUCUUAGGUUAAGCAAUUAUGCUGCAACUAAUGUCAUKCCUUGAAAAUAGAUGCAGCCACUCCUACCAAAAGCUUCUGUAGGA